GAGUGACACCUCUUCGCUGUUUCCUCCUCCCUGUGGAGCUAGAACCUGGGUACACCUGACAGGUAACUUUCUUCCUUCAACGGUGAGAAACAACUAUACGGUAGUGACCUCGCUGUUUUUGGACAAAGCUAACUUACGGAUGGUUUCGGUGAUGUGACCGGAGUGAAAACAGCAGAGAAAUUAACAAAAAUGACUUUUAGCAGCUGAAAGAAGAUUUGCUAACAGUCAGACUUUUGACAGCGCACGAGGUAUUGACUAAAAAGAGAGAACAUUGAAUAAAAAAAUGUCUGGCCAAGGUGGUUUAGUCACACAUUUAACUGAGGACGUGGCACUUAUACCUGCAGAGCCUCAAAUAGCAGGAAGUAAAAAGCCAGAAGACAGUGACACCAUAGAGAAAAGAUGGGAAGUUACAAACAAGGAAGAAGAAGAAAAAGUAGAGGACUCGAAAGAGGAGGAUGAAGAGGAAAUGACCACCUCUGCUCAUCUGGAGCCAGAAACUCUGCCAUGGCCUGAAGACAAAGACAAGAGACCUCAGACGGAUAACGACGAUGGAGUCUGGUCAGAAAAAGGAGUUUCUGAGGCUGAAGAGAGGGACAUGGAGCUCUAUGGAGGAAGCCUGAACCUGUCAGAGGAGCAGAGCCAGGAAGAGAACGACAGAAAGAGCAAGUGGAGGGAAAGCAUGCCUGAGGGCGAGAGGUGGAGGGACAAUAAAGGGGAUGGCUCACUGGCAGAUGAUGAAGAUGAGGAGGAUGAGGAAGAAAAGUCAACUUGGAAUUCAGAGAAAGCUGCUCUGGGCUUCACUCCACAAGUCACAAUUGUGCGUCCAUCCAGCAAAGAGCUUCCUGAGGAGAGCAGGCUGUUCAUAGAGAAGGACGUCGAGAAGGAGCCGCAGGCGGAGCACUACUCAGCAGCGCAGUUUCAUCCAGAGUGGACAGAACAGGACGACAAGUACUAUACUCCUUCCUCAGACCUGUGUGAGCAUCUGUGCGGCGACAAGCUGAAGGUAGCCCUGGCGACGGCGGCCGCUGGACUCCUCUUCCCUCUCCUGGUGUGGGGAGGUUACGCCCUCCUUCCCUUUGACCCUCCUCUGCUGGUGGAUGCCCCCCUCAGAGUGGUGUACACUCUACGCUGCGCCUUCUUCGCCAUCAUCCCCAUCCUGCUCGGUGUGGUGGUGCAGGGCGUGGCCCGGCUGCGAUACAGCUCCCUGAAGCCCCUCUAUCAGAGUAAACUGGUGAACAGAGAAGUGAUGGUGCACUGGCACUACGUCAACGAAUCAAUGGCCCUCUUCCUCUUCUUCUUCCUGCAGCUCGCUGUCAUGGCAACUUACAUCAGCCAGGACCUGCUCAAACUGGUGCCGCUGCUCACCAUCAUAUUUGUUUUUGGCAGGCUGAUCUACUGGCUCUGCCUCUCUCUGGGUAGCAGCAUCAGGGGCCUCGGCUUCGGCUUCUCAUUCUUCCCCAUACUGGUCAUGCUGGGCACCAACCUUUACUUCGUUUGCUCUUCAGUCGGACAAGGGGCGGUUUUUGAAGUUGAACCUCCAACUACAGCUCCUCCCAGGCUGCGCUGGUGGGGUUGAAGGCGAUGAGGAGUUAAGAGACAAAUAACAGCAAACACCUUUUUAAUGUCACAACACAACAACAUUCAGAUAACUUGGCUUGUUCUUUUGGUGUCCUGCAAAGUUGUAAUCCUUCAGAUUUCAGUCUUGGUUGAUUUGGCAUCGCCUGUGAUGACCAUGGUAACAGCAAGGGCAGUUUAAUGCUGCAACAACUCUACAUGAACAGCUACUUUUAUUAUUAAAUUAAGAAUGAUACACUGUCAAGAAAUCUUCCAAAAGUGACCGUCACCUUGUUUUGUACACAUUGGUCACAAUAAAAACCACUGUGAUUCUCCAGUUGAAUGCUUUUAAUGUUAAGCAGCAGUAGAGAAUGUUCUGUUUGCAUCAGCAGUAUCAACGGUGAAGGCUUAUGGGAAAGGCGGACCCCGCCACUACCAAUAAAAACAUAAAUGGUAUUAAUAAAAUUAUGAUUUCAUGAACAUCUCAAGGAUUAUAGCUUUUAGUGUUUUGUUUUUAUUUGGCGUUUUCAAAGACAUGAAGCAGGUUGUGGGAUCAUUUGUAACUUGAAUCUCUAUAAAAAAAGAAAUCCACCAAUAUGGAUUACAAGAGGAAGUUGACAUAGACAAAAAAGGCAUGCAAAUUAAAAAGUGACUAUUUUUACAGUAUGUGUUAACUAAAUUUACUAAUCUUCAAUCUCAAAUCUUGAAAUAGUCUCAACCUUUUUAUGUUGAGUUGAUAAAAUCAGGUUUCAGUUUGAACCAUCCAGCGUUCGCUGGACGUGAUGCAGCAAGAUGAAAAAAGUACAAUAUAAAUACUUCAGUUAGAAGUACUGAAGUAAGUGAGAUGGAUAUCAAAGGUUACGGACACUAAGAUUUUUUUUAUGUGAGAUUUUAUUAUUAAAUUGUUUUAUGAAUUUUACCAUUUUUAUUUAGUUGUCGCACAACUGGUACUAAUGGUAAUCUUUAAACUAUAUUUGUAAGUGAUACUGUUAAAUUAAUUUUGUUGGUCUAUUUUUUGAUUAUUUUCUUUUGAAGGAACUUUUUUCAGUCUAUUAGUGAAGUAUUUAAAGCAAUAUUUCGGGACUUUGAAUGAAUUUAAUAAAGCUAUAUCAAAUAU